ACUAAACCUAGAUGACCAUUAGAUUACUAUUUUAAAAACAUGCUCUCUCCUUAGCUUUGCAAUCCUUGUAUUUCAAUUGUCUUCUGUCCUUAUGGUGACUUUCUCUCAGCGGUUGGUUCUGAUGAACAUGCCAGUGGAUGAGGACAUGUCCGUCCACUUCACCUCCACACUUAUGGCCCUGAUACGCACUGCGCUGGACAUUAAAAUCGCUCGAGGGGGUGAGGACAGGGGUCAGAUGGACAUAGAAUUGCAGAAGGAAAUCAGUGUCAUCUGGCCACACCUCUCCCAGAAAUCUCUUGAUCUGUUUGUACCCGUCCACAAAGCUAGUGACAUGACCAUUGGGAAGAUUUAUGCAGCCAUGAUGAUCAUGGACUACUACAAGCAGAACAAAGCUAAGAAGCUCCGUCAACAGCUUGAGGAACAGAAACAUGCACCGAUGUUCCAGCGCAUGGAUGCGUCUUCACUGCCACAGGAAAUUCUCUGCAGUGCCAAAGCUCUGCCAUUCCUGUCCCACAGUGCAGGAUCUGCCCUGUAA